AUGUUCUAUGAGGGUACACUGCAGAACGGUGUCACUGCUCCCGAACGUCUUCGCAAGAAUGUCGAUUUCCCAUGGCCCGCCCCAGACACCCUGAUGUUCUUCUACCAGAACCUUGGUCGGGAGGAGAUAUCAUCCAGUGGAACUUCGUUCCUCAACAAGAUGGAAGCAUCUAACGUCGAGAAAAUUGUGACAAAGUUCUUCAACGUGGGCGUCAUGCCCAGCCAAAUUGGUGUUGUCACACCCUACGAGGGCCAACGCUCAUUUAAGGACUUGUAUAAAGAUAUUGAAGUGGCUAGCGUCGACGCCUUCCACUGCGUCAGAAGUAACGACUCCGAACACCAGGGCAUCGGUUUCUUGAAUGACCCUCGUCGUCUGAACGUGGCUCUGACUCAUGUAAAGUAUAGAGUCGUCAUCCUUAUAAAUCCAAAGCCUGAGCAUUAUCUUCUUACGCACUACAAGGAGAAUAACACCCUUGUCGAGGGUCCGCUGAACAACUUACAGGCGAGCAUGAUUCAAUUCAGCAAACCUCGCCGCUCCCUUGUCAAGUCCGUGGAUAAAUUCCGCCGCCACGAGACAAACGCACAGGGCUUCAUCCCCAACACCGGUGGUACAAGCAGAUCAGGGACGCCAAGUCGCUUCGAUUCUAGUUUCUACCGCACACAUGAUGCUCUCGGGUACAUCCCGUAUGACGUGCAGUCUCUGCGCUCGCAAGCCACUUAUUCUUCUGGACUUCCCAUGUUUGCUGCGGCUGGUGGAUUUGGUCCUGGGCUACCCCGUGCCUCUGGGGGUGUGAGGAAGCGCAGCGCGUACGGUAGCUACGCCAGCCCCAUCAUCUCCCAGGAUGCUGGAUCGCCAAACAUUAGCGGUUCUGCCAUGGCGUUCUCGCAGUUAGACCGCUUACAGAGGCGUGGUUCCUUUCCCCUGCUGCCGGACAACGGUGACAGUCGAAUGCAGACGAUGGAAGGCGCACACUGGCCCCACUUCGAGCACCCACAAAUGUUCAACGGCAUUCUCGGAGUAUGGCCGGACUCGGAGACCUUGGAACAUUUAGUACUGCAGGCCGCUAUGGCCUAG